CUCGCGCUGGCCGCGCCCUGGUUGGCUGCGGGCCGCGGGGCUGCGCCGCCGGGUCGGGACCAGGGUCGGAGCUGGGGCGCCGGUCCGGCUCGCGCAGCGCUCGGGUCCGCUGCUGUACGGAGCGGUGGCGGCGAGGAGGGCGCGGCCGCGGGCGGGGCUGAGGCGAGCAGGCGGGGCGGGCCGCGUCGGGCUUGGAGGGCGGCGGCGCCGAGGGGAGGAGACCGGUCCAUGGACCCGCGGGGCCCGGCGACCCAGACGCUGCGCCGCCGGGACCGAGCUCAAGAUGUCGGCCUAGUCCGGGGCGCGACGACGCGGACGGGGCGGCAACGAGGUGCUGCCAAGGCUCGCGGCCGCUGGGUCCCCGAGGGCUCGCCCUGACGGACUGGCCGAGCGGGAGGUGAGAGGCGGGCGCGUGAGGAGCGGGCCGCGCGGCACCAUGUCGGCCACGGUGCGGCUCAAGAAGCUGGAGCAGCUGCUCCUGGACGGGCCCUGGCGCAACGAGAGCGCCCUGAGCGUAGAGACGCUGCUUGACGUGCUCAUCUGCCUGUACACGGAGUGCAGCCACUCGGCCCUGCGCCGCGACAAGUACGUGGCCGAGUUCCUCGAGUGGGCCAAACCGUUCACACAGCUGGUGAAGGAGAUGCAGCUUCGCCGAGAAGACUUCGAAAUAAUUAAGGUGAUCGGAAGAGGCGCGUUCGGCGAGGUCGCUGUCGUCAAAAUGAAGAACACAGAACGAAUUUACGCCAUGAAAAUCCUCAACAAGUGGGAGAUGCUUAAAAGGGCGGAGACGGCCUGUUUCCGGGAGGAGCGCGACGUGCUGGUGAACGGAGACUGCCAGUGGAUCACCACCCUGCACUACGCCUUCCAGGACGAGAACUACCUGUACUUGGUGAUGGACUACUACGUGGGCGGUGACCUGCUCACCCUGCUCAGCAAGUUCGAGGACAGGCUUCCGGAAGACAUGGCGCGGUUCUACAUCGGGGAGAUGGUGCUGGCCAUCGACUCCAUCCACCAGCUCCACUACGUGCACAGGGACAUCAAACCUGACAACGUCCUCCUGGACGCGAACGGCCACAUCCGCCUGGCCGACUUUGGGUCCUGCUUGAAGAUGAACGACGAUGGAACUGUCCAGUCGUCCGUGGCCGUGGGCACACCUGACUACAUCUCGCCAGAGAUCCUGCAGGCCAUGGAGGACGGCAUGGGCAAGUACGGCCCCGAGUGUGACUGGUGGUCGCUGGGCGUCUGCAUGUACGAGAUGCUCUAUGGAGAGACGCCGUUCUACGCUGAGUCGCUCGUGGAGACCUAUGGCAAGAUCAUGAACCACGAGGAGCGAUUCCAGUUCCCGUCCCAUGUCACUGAUGUGUCUGAGGAGGCGAAGGACCUCAUGCAGAGGCUGAUCUGCAGCAGGGAGCACCGGCUUGGGCAGAACGGCAUCGAGGACUUCAAGAAGCAUGCCUUCUUCCAAGGGCUGAACUGGGAGAACAUCCGGAACCUGGAGGCACCCUACAUCCCGGACGUGAGCAGCCCCUCCGACACGUCCAACUUCGACGUGGACGACGACGUGCUGAGGAACGUGGAGAUGCUGCCUCCCGGGUCUCACACAGGCUUUUCCGGGUUACAUCUGCCGUUCAUUGGUUUCACGUUCACCACGGAAAGCUGCCUCUCUGACCGGGGCUCUCUGAAGGGCACGCUGCCACCCAGCGUGCUGGCCAGAGACGAGGGCGUGCAGCGCGACCUGGAGAGCAGCCUGCAGGCGGAGGCCUACGAGCGGAGGAUCCGCAGGCUGGAGCAGGAGAAGCUGGAGCUCAGCAGGAAGCUGCAGGAGUCUACCCAGACCGUCCAGUCCCUCCACGGCUCAGCACGGACUCUGGGCGGGUCAGCCCGAGAUAAAGAAAUCAAAAAGCUAAAUGAGGAAAUCGAGCGAUUGAAGAAUAAAAUUUCAGACUGCAGCAGGCUCGAGCGACAGCUGGAGGGCCCGGGGACAGUCCACCCAGAGCAUGAGAGCGUUGCACUUCGGCUGAAAGGCCUGGAGAAGCAGCAUCGCGUGGUGCGGCAGGAGAAGGAGGACCUCCACAAGCAACUGGCCGACACUUCGGAGCGCCUGAAGUCCCAGGCCAGAGAGCUCAGGGAGGCCCAGCAGCAGCGGAAGCUGGCCCUGCAGGAGCUCGCGGAGCUCAACGAGCGGGCGGCCGAGCUCCGCUCCCAGAAGCAGAAGGCGUCCCGGCAGCUGCGCGACAAGGAGGAGGAGGUGGAGGCCGCCAUGCAGAAGGUCGACUCCAUGCGGCAGGAGAUCCGCAAGUCCGAGAAGCUCAGGAAGGAGCUGGAGGCACAGCUGGAGGACGCCGCGGCCGAGGCCUCCAAGGAGCGCCAGCUCCGAGAGCGCAGCGAGAGCCUCUCCAAGCAGAUGGAGAGUGAGCUGGCGGCCCUCAAGAUGAAUCAAGGUGGCCACGGACCAGGUACCUCCUUAGAACAUCAGCAGGAGAUUUCCAAAAUAAAAUCCGAGCUCGAGAAGAAAGUCUUAUUUUACGAAGAAGAAUUGGUCAGACGCGAAGCCUCGCACGUGCUGGAAGUGAAGACUGUGAAGAAGGAGGUGCACGACUCCGAGAGCCACCAGCUGGCCCUGCAGAAAGAAGUCUUAGUGCUGAAGGACAAGCUGGAGAAGUCCAAGCGUGAGCGGCACAGCGAGCUGGAGGAGGCCGUGGGCGCCGUCCGGGACAAGUACGAGCGCGAGAGGGCCUCGCUGCGAGAGGAGCACAGGAAGCUGACGGCGGAGAAGGAGCGGCUCUGCGCCUUUGUGGACAAACUCACAGCCCAGAACAGACAGCUGGAGGACGAGCUGCAGGACCUGGCAGCCAAGAAGGAGUCGGUGGCCCACUGGGAAGCCCAGAUCGCGGAGAUCAUCCAGUGGGUCAGCGACGAGAAAGACGCACGCGGCUAUCUGCAGGCUCUUGCUUCCAAGAUGACGGAAGAGCUGGAGGCGUUGAGGAGCUGCAGCCUGGGCUCGAGGACACUGGAUCCGCUUUGGAAGGUGCGCCGCAGUCAGAAGCUGGACAUGUCCGCGCGGCUGGAGCUGCAGUCUGCCCUCGAGGCCGAGAUCCGGGCCAAGCAGCUGGUUCAGGAGGAGCUGAGGAAGGUCAAGGACGCGAACCUCUCCUUUGAAAGUAAACUGAAGGAUUCGGAGACCAAAAAUAGAGAGCUGUUAGAAGAAAUGGAAGUUUUGAAGAAGAAGAUAGAAGAAAAGUUUAGAGCAGAUACUGGACUCAAACUCCCAGAUCUCCAGGACUCCGUCUUCGAGUACUUCAACGCUGCGCCUCUGGCCCACGACCUGGCGUUCCGCACCGGCUCAGCCAGUGAGCAAGAAACACAGGCUCUAAAGCCGGAGGUGUCCCAGUCGACGCCCGUGGCCGCAAGCACCGACCAGCAGGAAGACGCAGCUCGGGCUUCGCAGAGGCCGCCCGCCCCUCAGGCCCUCACUCUGGCUGGACCAAAGCCCAAAGCGCACCAGUUCGGCAUCAAGUCCUUCUCCAGCCCCACGCAGUGCAGCCACUGCACCUCACUGAUGGUGGGCCUCGUCCGCCAGGGCUACGCCUGCGAAGUGUGUGCGUUCGCCUGCCAUGUGUCCUGCCGCGACAGCGCUCCCCAGGUGUGCCCCGUCCCCCCAGAGCAGUCUAAGCGGCCCCUCGGUGUGGACGUGCAGCGCGGCAUAGGGACUGCCUACAAGGGCUACGUGAAGGUCCCCAAGCCGACCGGCGUGAAGAAGGGCUGGCAGCGGGCUUACGCGGUGGUCUGUGACUGUAAGCUCUUCCUGUACGACCUGCCAGAGGGGAAGUCCACCCAGCCGGGAGUGGUCGCCAGCCAGGUGCUGGACCUCAGGGACGAGGCCCUCUCGGUGAGCUCGGUCCUGGCUUCUGACGUCAUACAUGCUUCGCGCCGAGAUGUUCCCUGUAUAUUCAGGGUGACAGCCUCCCUCUUAGGAGCCCCUUCUAAGACCAGCUCACUGCUCAUUCUGACAGAGAACGAGAACGAGAAGAGGAAGUGGGUGGGCAUUCUGGAGGGCCUGCGCUCCAUCCUGCACAAGAACCGCCUGCGGAACCAGGCGGUGCACGUGCCGCAGGAGGCCUACGACAGCUCGCUGCCCCUCAUCAAGGCCGUGCUCACGGCCGCCAUCCUGGACGGCGACAGGAUCGCGGUCGGCUUAGAAGAAGGGCUGUACGUCAUCGAGGUGACCCGAGAUGUGAUCGUCCGAGUGGCGGACUACAAGAAGGUGUACCAGAUCGAGCUCGCUCCCAGAGAGAAAGUCGCUGUGCUACUCUGCGGCCGGAAUCACCACGUCCACCUCUGCUCGUGGUCUGCUUUUGAUGGCGCCGAAAGCAACGUUGACAUCAAGCUUCCGGAAACAAAGGGCUGCCAGCUCGUGGUGACGGGGACACUGAAGAGGAGUGCCGCCACCUGCCUGUUCGUGGCGGUGAAGCGGCUGGUCCUGUACUAUGAGGUCCAGCGAACGAAGCCUUUCCACCGGAAGGUCGCAGAGCUUGUGGCCCCCGGCACCGUGCAGUGGAUGGCCGCGCUCAAGGACAGGCUCUGUGUGGGCUACCCCUCAGGGUUCGCCCUGCUGAGCACCCAGGGAGAUGGGCAGGCUCUGACCCUGGUAAAUCCCAGCGACCCCUCGCUUGCAUUCCUCUCACAACAGCCCUUUGACGCCCUUUGUGCCGUGGAGCUGGCGAGCGAGGAGUUCCUGCUCUGCUUCAGCCACGUGGGAGUGUACGUGGACCCGCAAGGCCGGAGGUCGCGCGCGCAGGAGCUCAUGUGGCCUGCGGUGCCCAUUGCCUGUAGUUGCAGCCCCUCACACGUCACGGUGUACAGCGACUACGGCGUGGACGUCUUUGACGUGCACACCAUGGAGUGGGUGCAGACCAUUGGCCUGCGGAAGAUCAGACCACUGAACUUGGAGGGGACCCUCAACCUCCUGAACUGCGAGCCUCCCCGCCUGAUCUACUUUAAGAGCAAGUUCUCAGGAGCAGUGCUGACCGUGCCUGACACUUCUGACAACAGCAGGAAGCAGAUGCUUCGGACCAGGAGCAAGAGGCGGUUCGUCUUCAAGGUGCCAGAGGAGGAGCGGCUGCAGCAGCGGCGGGAGAUGCUCAGAGACCCAGAACUGAGAUCCAGAAUGAUAUCCAACCCGACCAACUUCAACCAUGUGGCCCACAUGGGCCCUGGUGACGGCCUGCAGGUGCUCAUGGACCUGCCUCUGAGCGCGGUGCCCCCGGCCCAGGAGGAGAGGCCCAGCCCCGCUGCCCCUGGCCUGGCCCGGCAGCCUGUGCCCAGGAACAAGCCCUACGUCUCAUGGCCAUCGUCAGGUGGGUCUGAGCCCAGCGUGGCGGGGCCCCUGAGAAGCAUGUCUGACCCCGACCAGGACUUCGACAAAGAGCCCGAUUCCGAUUCCACCAAGCACUCGACCCCUUCCAACAGCUCCAACCCCAGCGGCCCGCCGAGCCCCAACUCCCCCCAUAGGAGCCAGCCCCUCGAAGGCCUGGAGCAGCCAGCCUGCGACGCCUGACGCCAGCACGGGGUGUAGAGCCGGGCGCGGCCCCAGUGCCAGU